AUGGGAAAAACGACAAAGGACAAUCUAAAAUUGAAGAAGGAUUUCCUGACUUGUCAACAUUCCUACCAGGAUAUUAAAAUUCAACUUCAGGGAUGCUACCGAGGAUCUCAAGGAUCACCCAGACGAUGCAGUAUAUUCUUGCAAGAUUUGUUGGGCCGAGACAACAAUCGUGAAGGAUAUAAUAUUGUCGUUCUAUUACAAUUUCUAUUUGUUUCUGCUUCAACUAAAUCCAUCGACCCCAUAUGCCAUUACGUCACCUACACAGCCUUUUGCGUCAAAACUUUGAGCGCAUAUCCUCCGGCUGUUUCUGCCACCACCACGUUCCAAGCUGCCCAGGCCGCGCUCAGCCUCAGCAAAUCUUAUGCCGAAAAAUCUGCCGGGUUCGCUGCAAAAGCGGCAAAGGAGAAUCCAAACUUAAAGAAGCAGUUUGCGGGGUGUCAAGAUGCCUUUGUGACCAUUAUAGAGAAUCUCAAGAACGCUUCCAGGGAUCUCAAGGAGUCACCAGACGCUUCAAACUAUGAAGCCAAUAUCUGUACGGACAGCACGGCGAUAGUCAAGGAUCUGGUCAGGAAAAAUGGAGACAUGGCUUCCAGGACUAUCCUGAAUAUGACAUUGAUGAUGGAGAAGUUUAUUGAUAUUGCCGUUGGAGCCACCAUGGCUCUUGGUGGUUAA